AUGUCAUUUAUGAAGACAAAUAUGCUGGUUCGAUCGUUGAGCACGUCUUCUGCCGCUGCUCAACUCGUGAAACCUCCUGUACAAGUUUUUGGUUUGGAGGGAAGGUAUGCUUCAGCCCUUUACUCCGCGGCUUCAAAAAGCAAGAGUUUGGAUGCUGUGGAAAAAGAAUUGAGUCAAUUCCAGAAAUCCAUUAAAUCAGACCCAAAAGUCAAGGAAUUUAUCAUUAACCCAACCCUUAAGAGAAACCUUAAAGUUGAUGCCUUAAAACAGGUUGCCGUCAAGACUAACUUGUCGCCUACAACCAGCAACUUGUUAGGUUUAAUGGCCGAGAAUGGCCGUUUGGAUAAGUUGGAAGCUGUUAUAAAUGCUUUCAAAAUGAUGAUGGCCGCCCACCGUGGUGAGGUCACAUGCGAGGUUGUUACGGCUAAGCCUUUAGAUCCUGCACAGAAACAAAGCUUGGAAGCUGCUCUUAAGAAAUUCCUUAAAGGCAAUGAGACUCUACAACUCACAGCUAAAGUUGAUCCAUCUCUGAUUGGAGGUAUGGUUGUAUCAAUUGGCGACAAGUUUGUUGACAUGAGUGUUGCCAGCAAAGUAAAGAAAUACACCGAACUCAUCAGUAAUGCUGUUUAA